AUGGCCAAUUACGCAUUAACCGACACCAUGUACACAAUUCACUUCCACCAGAUUGCCUUCAGGCUAGGGAAUCUGCGCGAGAUUGUGAACCAGAUGUAUCACGACUUCCCAGUUCUCGAUCGCGCUCAGUGCGAAAAGGGAUUGGUACAGUUUCCUUUCAACCUUCCUAGCAGAGACUUCAUGCGAUCGGUGGAUGAAGAUUUGUCUGAGUUAUCAGAUGAAUUGGAGACGUUUCCUCAUGAAUUUUCACAAGCAUCGCAUCGACUAUUGAGAGACGCCCUGUCACGACGGCUUGAAUCAGUCGAGUCUGCUUUCCAGGACAUCCAUACCAAGGUGUUGAAGCUGGACCCAGUACGCCUGGAUGAGAGUCUUGCUGAGCUUGAAGAAGCAGAGGAUUGUUUCAACACAGCUCUCGAUUCACUCUUGUUCAGUGAGGAGGACUAA